GUGUGUUCAUUCAGAGCAGUCAUCAGAGGAGGAAACAACAGAAACCAAAGAGAAGGAUCUGACCAGCAGCAGGUCAUGUCGGUGUCUCAGAUCACUCCCACCCUGUUCCUCAGUGGGGCCGACGCCCCCCUCAACGCUGCACUGAUGUCACAGAAGGGCAUCACACUGAUCGUCAACGCCACACUCAGCCACACCUGUCCCGCCUACCCAGGGGUGGAGUGUGUGCGUGUUCCUGUCUCUGACCUGCCCAGCGCUCGCCUCGGAGACCACUUUGACCGUGUGGCCGAGCGUAUCCAUGGUAACCGUGCAGGGGGCACUCUGGUGCACUGUGUUGUUGGUAUGAGUCGCUCGCCGGCGUUGGUGAUGGCGUACCUGAUGCGGUACCGAGGGGUGACCCUCUGCCAGGCCCACCGCUGGGUCCAGGACAGCCGGCCCUUCGUCAGGCUGAACGCUGGCUUCUGGGAGCAGCUGCUGCAGUACGAGAGGAGGCUGUAUGGGAAGAACAGCGUCAGGGUGGCCGCAGUCCAAGAGACGCCACCACCACCACUGACGCCGAGGACGCAGAGGACGGUGCCGCCGCAGCAGACGAACUGGCUGUCACUGGUCCCCAGGUCACCUCAGAUGACCCAGAUGGCAAUGACGCCAGCAAACAAGAGAAGAAGAGGAACGAAAAGCAGCAGCAUCAAAGUCUGAGCGCCGAGUGACCGCCAACACGUCUGAACGCCAAACACACACAUUACCUACAAUGCAACUGACCCCCAGACAGGUUGUGGAGGUCAGGGCGGUGACCACCUGCGACCAAACUCACUUUACACCUCAGCUCUCUGAAGGUCACGCCAUCAUGAGGCGUGUAACCGACCGACAGCUUUAAGAUGGCGAUCACACCGAGAUGAAACGCUUGAAACACGACGCCAGUAAAACCAUUGUUUUCUUAUGAUACGGCGCGUCUGACCGGCGUUCAAGCGUCUUUUUAGACGGCG